GGGGGGUGGUGUCCAGGGCAGUCGCUCCUUGGCGCCGUCUUCACCUGUCUAGACAGCCGCUCGCUUCCUCCCAUCUUCCCAAAACAACUCGACAAACUCUUCCGUGAAUCCCAACAGCACACCGCCUUGUAUCCUUCCAAAACACAUCUCCACCCAGCCCAGUCUCCCACCAGCCCUCCCGCCCACCACACACCGUUACAAUGGCGAACGAGCGCGAGAGCAAGACUUUCCUCGCCAGGCUUUGCGAACAGGCUGAGCGCUACGAUGAGAUGGUCACGUACAUGAAGGAAGUCGCUAAGAUCGGCGGUGAGCUCACCGUUGACGAGCGCAACCUCCUGUCCGUCGCCUACAAGAACGUCGUCGGCACACGACGUGCCUCGUGGCGCAUCAUCUCCUCGAUUGAGCAGAAGGAGGAGUCCAAGGGCUCCGAGAAGCACGUUGGCACCAUCCGCGACUACCGCCAGAAGAUCGAGACCGAGCUCGAGCAGGUCUGCCAGGAUGUCCUGAACGUCCUCGACGAGUCCCUCAUUCCCAAGGCCGAGUCCGGUGAAUCCAAGGUUUUCUACCACAAGAUGAAGGGUGACUACCACCGCUACCUUGCCGAAUUUGCUUCCGGCGAGAAGCGCAAGGUCGCUGCGACUGCUGCACACGAGGCAUACAAGACGGCCACCGACGUUGCCCAGACCGAGCUUACCCCCACCCACCCCAUCCGUCUGGGUCUGGCGCUCAACUUCUCGGUCUUCUACUAUGAGAUCCUGAACUCGCCCGACCGUGCGUGCCACCUCGCCAAGCAGGCCUUUGACGACGCCAUUGCUGAGCUCGAUUCCCUGUCUGAGGAGUCCUACCGUGACAGCACCCUCAUCAUGCAGCUCCUCCGUGACAACCUCACCCUCUGGACAUCAUCGGAUGGCAACGAGGCCGAGGCCGCUGACUCUUCCGCCCCCAAGGAGGAGAAGGUCGCUGACGCUGAGGCCGCUGCACCUACCGAGCAGAAGAGCGAGGAGGCACCUGCUGCCGCCCCUGCCGCCGCUUAAGCAGUUCCUACCUCUUUCGACCUGGUUCAUCGCCAGUCACCGUCCCCUAUUCCCGGAUAGACGAAGGAGGCUGCCACGGCAGCGAGCGUCCU